CAGCUGUUGUAGGAGGAAGCGAAAACUAAAGACAGGUACAGACUCUGUAACGAAGUCAUGAAUGAGUAAAUAAAUCAGUUAAGAUAUCUCGCUAAUGACGAACGGUUUUCUGUAAAGGACUGUGCUGUCAUCAUGCUUCCCCUGAAGGACGCCCAGCUGGGGGCCUUCACCUUCUUCGCCUCUGCCCUCCCGCAUGAUGUCUGUGGGAGCAAUGGCCUGCCCCUCACCCCCAACUCCAUAAAGAUCCUCGGCCGCUUCCAGAUCCUGAAGACCAUAACGCACCCCCGGCUUUGUCAGUAUGUCGACAUUUCCCGUGGAAAGCACGAGAGGCUGAUUGUUGUGGCUGAACACUAUGAGAGUAGCCUGGAAGAUUUCCAGAAGCAGGGUAAAUCAGUAAGCCCAGAGAAGGUUCUGCAGAUUGCCUAUGAAGUUCUGGAGGGUCUGGACUUUUUGAACAAGGACGGGCUUGUGCACAGAGUACUUGGACCUCACAACGUGCUCCUGGACUGUAAGGGCAAUGUCAAACUGGCCAAGUUUGGUCUGUAUCACAUGACUGAUCACGGGGCGGAUGUGGACUUCCCUAUUGGGUACCCCGCCUACUUGGCUCCGGAGGUCAUCGCACAGGGCUGGUCCCACCCCAGCGACCCCUCCCACAAGGAGCCUCCCCGCCGCUCCGGGCCCAAGGUGGACGUGUGGUCGCUGGGCGUCCUGCUCUUCGAGUUGUGUGUGGGCAGACGGCUCUUGCAAAGUUUUGACAUAAGCGAGAGAUUAAAAUUCAUCCUUUCUUUGGGCUGCGUGGACGACAUCGUCACGGUUGUGGCGGAGGAGCACGGCUGCCUGGAGGUCAUCAAGGAGCUGCCUGAAAAUGUUCUGUCAUUGCUAAGGAAGUGUCUGACGUUUCUCCCAUCCGGAAGGCCCACCCCGGCCGAGCUUCUGAAGGACCCCGUGUUCCAGGAGGUCUCCAUCCACUACACGCCCUUCCGGAAGCCCGUCGGUCUCUUCUCCUCCUCCCUGCGCUGUGCCCAUCUGGAGCUGCCUGAUGACAUCAGCAAACUCUGCCAAGAUGACAGGGAGGACUACCUGGCGGAGAGGUCCAUCGACGAGGUGUAUUACCUCUGGUGCCUGGCAGGGGGCGACCUGGAGAAGGAGCUCACCAACAAGGGCAUCAUCCAGUCCAAGCCCCCCGUGUGCACGCUGCCUAACUUCAUCCUCGAGGAUGGCGAGUCCUUCGGCCGAGGGCGGGACCGCAGUUUCCUUCUGGACGACACCACCGUCACCCUGUCCCUGAGCCAGCUCAAAACCAGGCUGACGGAUGUCGCAGGAGAAGCAUAUUACCCAUUACUGGAGGACGAGCAGAGCAGCCUCCCACACUCCAACAGCAGCAACGAAUUGCCUGCGGCUGUGACGCUCCCCCUCAUCAUCCGCGAGCGCGACACUGAGUAUCAGCUGCUGCGUAUCGUCCUCUUCGACCGCAUUCUGCAGGCGUACCCAUACAAGAAGAACCUGGUUUGGAAGGAAGCACGUGUGGACAUCCCGCCUCUCUUGCGGGGCCUGGCUUGGGCUACACUGCUGGGCAUCGAGGGGGACAUUCAGGCCAAAUAUGACAGCAUUGAUAAGGACACCCCCAUUCCAACGGACAGACAGAUUGAGGUGGACAUCCCCAGGUGCCACCAGUACGACGAGCUGCUGUCUUCUCCGCAAGGACACGUGAAGUUCAGGAGGGUGCUGAAAGCCUGGGUGGUUUCCCACCCUGACCUGGUCUACUGGCAGGGUUUGGAUUCCCUGUGUGCACCGUUUCUUUACUUGAAUUUCAACAACGAAGCUCUAGCCUACGCCUGCAUGUCUGCGUUUAUACCCAAGUACCUGUACAAUUUCUUCCUGAAGGACAAUUCGCACGUCAUUCAAGAAUACCUGACGGUCUUCUCCCAGCUGAUCGGCUUCCAUGACCCCGAGCUCAGCAACCAUCUGAACGAGAUCGGCUUCAUACCGGACCUCUACGCCAUCCCCUGGUUCCUCACCAUGUUUACACAUGUGUUCCCUCUGCACAAAAUCUUCCACCUGUGGGACACACUUCUGCUAGGAAACUCCUCCUUCCCGUUCUGCAUCGGUGUGGCCAUCCUGCAGCAGCUGCGAGACCGCCUGCUAGCCAAUGGAUUUAACGAGUGCAUCCUGCUGUUCUCCGACCUGCCAGAGAUCGACAUUGAGCGCUGUGUGCGGGAAUCCAUCAACCUCUUUUGCUGGACCCCGAAGAGCGCCACCUAUCGGCAGCACGCCCAACCGGUCAAGAAUAUGACAGAGCCCAACGGAUUCGGCAAGGCACCCUCCUUCAGCGCCACCGACUACCAGGACUUGCCCAAGACAGAUUUGUCCCGGGAGCCCCUCAAGCUGAGUGAGCUGAAGGCGGAAGUGUCUCCACGCAUCUCCGCCGAGGACCUCAUCGACCUCUGUGAGCUGACGGCGGCCACGCAUUUUAAGACGCCCACCAAGAAGCCACGGUCUGGCAAGCCCAAAGUCAUCGCCGUGGACAUCCGUAGCAGUGAGGACUUUAACCGGGGCCACAUUUCGGGCAGCAUCAGCGUCCCGUAUCACACGGCCUUCGGACCUGACAGCGAGCUGGUGGCGGGUCCGGCCACCGCUACCCUCCAGAGCUUCCGGGGGAGAGUCAUCGUGGUGAUUAGCCAUGCCAUGACCAGGGCCAGCGUGUUUGCCGCCAACCUAGUGAGGCUGAACUACCCCCGAGUGUGCAUCCUGGAUGGAGGUAUCAACAAGCUAAGAGCCACAGGCUUGCUCACCGUGCCCUCGCCACAGAUAUGAGCCACCCCUCAAGCUGGAAACAUUUCAGUCUCAUUCAGGACUUUUAUUUUUUCUUUUAAAGCCAUUUUCAAAAAAAAAAAAAAUAAGACUUUUAUUUUGUAAUAUAUUUAUUAAUGUCUUGGUUACUGGCUUCCAGUGUGUGUGUGCCAGCACGUUGUACUGUCUCCGUCCCCCUGCCCCUGCUGUUACUCCCCACACCUGACUGAUGCCUUAGUUCUGCUACCGCCGAUAGGCCUGACAUUUCAUCCGAUUAAAACUCUCCACGCGCCAUCGAUUUAUCGCGCGCGCCGUGUAAAUCUCACCCACGGCGGUGUUUUUAUGGAGACUGAUUGCCGGCGUUUGUAUCGCGAGCCGCGGCCAUGUGUGUGUUUUUCUUUUUUUUUCGUUCAGCAUUAAUUUUCAUGCCAACUCCGCAACCAGGUGAAAAAGCGAAUCUGUGUCACUCAUCAGCGUUUCCUGUGCAGCUUUUCUGUCCGGCACCAUGUCAUAAUAAAAUGGCUUUUAAUUCCAA